AUGACGUCACGACGACAAUCGGACACUCAUUGGUCUCCACCCCUGAUAGGUGUACGUGCUCAGGGAGGCACAGGCAUCAUAGUCCGCAAGUCUGUUAAUCAUAGGAUUGUUCAAUUAAACACUGUCCCCCCAGAUGCUGAAGCCUUGCCGAGGAUGGGGGGCUUAGGGUUCAGCAGCUGGGCCCUGAUGCCUGGUGGUGCUCCCCGGGGGUCCCCUAAUGGGGUUUCCCAUGCCCUCUCUGGUGGGGCUCCCCAUGCCCUCCCUGUUGGGCCUCCCCGUGCCCUCCCUGUUGGGCCUCACCGUGACCCCCCCUGUUUGGGGCUCCCCGUGGCCCCCCUUGGUGGGGUUUCCCACGCCCCCUCUGGUGGGGCUCCCCACGCCGCCCCCCUAGUGGGGCUUCUCAUGGCCCCUCUUGCGGGGCUCCUCAUGGUCCCCUGGCUUGACCAGAGUCUCUGCAACAUGGGAAACCCCAACAGGGGGCCCAUGAGAAGCCCCCACCAGGGGGGAGGGGGGGCAUGGGAAGCCCCACCAGGGGGGGCUCGGGAGGCCCCACCAGGGGGGGCACGGGAGGCCCCAACAGGGGGGGCACGGGGUACCCCACUAGAGGGGGUGUGGAAAGCCCCACCAGCAGGGCACCGGGGAGCCCCACCAGAAGGGGCACCAGAAGCAGCAGUAUUCAAUUGA